AUGUUCGAGAAUUGCGACCACGUGGUCGCUCUGAGCAUCUUAGCAACAGAAGUGCCUCCAGCGGCAUGGGCAGACUGCACGUCUCUCGAACACCUGAACAUCGGCAACGGUGUGGCUUAUAUAGGUGAAUAUGCUUUCAGGAAUUGUUCGUUGUUAGCCUCGGUUUCUCUUGGCGACUCAGUCCUUACGAUCCGGGAUGGGGCAUUCCAAGAUUGUUCGUCGUUGGCAUCAGUUGUCCUUGGGAGCAAGCUCGACUAUCUUGGAAUAGAUGUGUUCGGCGGCUGCCAUUCGGUGACCGCCGCGACGGUCCCAUCGCCGCUACCCAGAAGAAUUGCUGAUAUCUUCGACUGUUCGACUCUCACCUCUGUGACCUUCCACCUACCAGUGACAGGUAUUGCCGAUCAAGCUCUUAAAGAUUGCACUUCGGUUGCUUUCGUGUAUAUGUUCGACAACGUCACCUCCAUCGGAGAUGAUGCGUUCGCCCAGUGUUCCAGCUUGUCCACGGUCACGAUGUCAAACCGAAUUCAAUCAAUAGGUGCUCGGGCCUUUAUGGGUUGUUCAAUGAUCACCAGCCUGUUCCUCAGCGAUACCGUCAGUUCUAUAGGCGGUAGUGCGUUUCGGCGUUGCACAUCUUUGGCUCACAUGGAGCUCCCUCCAAGGAUUGCCGAAAUCGCCGAAUUCACCUUCUCCGGUUGUAGUGCCUUGGAGAACGUGACAGCGCGCCGCAUUGAUCGAAGGUUGAGUACAGGGGGCCCUUCUCACAUUCAAAGUAUCGGUGAACACGCUUUCGAGGAUUGUUCACAACUCAAGAGUUGGCGGAUUGACGUAGGGGAUGAUUUGAGUUUUGUUGGGAAGCAUGCUUUUGCUGGCUGCUCAUCUCUGCCAUCGACACCAAGUUUGAACAGACUUACAACCCUGGAGGAGUAUGUGUUUGCUGAUUGCACUGCGUUGUUACACGUGUUUAUUCCUGAGGGUGUUGUUGCCAUCGGUCACAGUUCAUUUUACAAGUGUGAGUCUUUGCAAAGUGUUGAAUGGGGCGUCGAAUUUGGACUGGUGAGUAACCACACGAUUACAAUCGGCAAGUCCGCUUUCGGGUAUUGUUCAUCGCUGAGGAACUUGACCAUUCCAGCUUCAGUCACAUUGAUAGAGGAAGACGCAUUUCAACAUUCUGGGCUGCACUGGGCAACUGUAAACAUAUUUCCACGGAGCGGACGUGUGAUUGAUGAGUCAGCGUUUCCUCCCAGCGCAGGUAUCGUCACAGGAUGCGAUCAAGGGUUCGAAUUAACUAUCGAUGGGUGCGCGUGUCAGCCGGGAAAGAUGUUCGCAACAUCUUCUGAAUGCCGUCAGUGCGGAGACCAUUUCGAUUGCCCUGGUGGUCAUCUCCAGAGACAUGUUGGCGUCGAUACGACAGUCAGAGUCAAAGAGGGUUACAUGACUCUUUCAAGUGACCCGUUUUCAGUUUAUCCAUGCGUUGAGACGCUGCGCUGUGCGGGGGACCGCCAAGUAUUGCAUUCCAUGUGCACUGCAGGCUUCGAUUCGGUAUCUCCACGGUGUGCAGUUUGCUUGCCGGACUUGUACCUAAGCGAUGGGAGAUGCAAUCCGUGCAAAGACGUUGAUGCUACACUUGUAAUGGCCAAGUGGCUGGCGAGUGCUGCGGCCCAGCUUGCAUUCAACACCGGACUUUACAUCCACGUCAACAGGCCCAAGUCGGCGACGUCUGGGACUGUUGAGUCGUUGAUCGACUUUAUCCAGAUUCUCCAGACUCUCAGCCGUUUAGACAUCGUUGCGCCGACCGUCCUUGAAAGGUUCUUCGACUACCUGGGGCCGGCGGAUACUCACCAUCCCAGGCAUAUUCGAGAUUCUCGAUUUGAAACCCGAGUGUUUGUUUGGAAGUUUUGGUAA